AACGUUCCGUGCCACUCAGUGAAAGUAAGCUCACCUGCAAACAUGUACGCAUUGCUAAAUUUCUUCAUCAUCCUCAAAGUCGUUUCCGUUCUGGUUGGUGCGAUACUUCCCAGUGUUAGAGAAUACCAAUUUGUGCACGUGGUGAGCAACUAUCAUAAUACUCAUUUGACCGUGAGGGACGAACUGAUGGAUGACCAGCAUCGAAGAGUGAGACUGGCAAAGCUUGGCGAAAGCAGUCGGAACGUUUGGCGUUUGGAGCCACAUCCCGUUGGUCCAUCACAGUUCGAAAUCAUCCACCAUCAAUCCAAUGAACCGCUCUGUGCGGCACCGAAGGAGUUUGCCUAUGACGAGAAACGGCGAAAUGUUGCCACGUGGGUUCCCGGACCGGUCAACAAGAAAUGCUACUGGACAAUCGAGAAGCGCCCCGGAAACGCAGGCUUCAAUAUAGUUAAUAUGGAACGUGGAGAAGAGCUAUAUGCAGCUAUGCAUCCAUUUGAGGAGAAUGCCUGGCUGUGGGUACCUCGGGAUGAUGAGAAUGAACAACACCACUGGGAUAUUAUCAAUCUUAACUAUUGUCAAGGUCAAACUGUUGCAAUAAACAUGACGGCGACGGUGGUCUAGGGACUGGCGUACACGGGAUACGUACAGCGUGGAUGAUAAACCACUGGUGUGUUUCCA